AUGGCAGACUCUCGCCACGUUGGACUGAACAGAGGAAUCAACAGCAUGUCCUGUCUCUACAUCAGAGGGGUUUUCCUCACUCUGUGUUUGGCUCCAACUGCCUUGGCGAGCCUGCACCCUGAAUGCGAGUACAUCUUUCAGCUGGGGAAAGAGGAGCUUCAGUGCCUUCAGUACAUUGCAGAGCAUGGCAACGGAAGCACAGAAGUUUGUCCGCCAUUCUGGGAUGCAGUCACCUGCUGGCCUCAUGCAGCCGUGGGGGAAACAGUCCAAAGAGCUUGUCCGGCCGUCUUCUCCCUCUUCAAAAACAACACAGGUUCAGUGAGCCGUAACUGCACCAGCGGAGGUUGGUCCGGACCUUUCCCUCCGUACCUCAUCGCCUGCAGUGUGGAUGAUGACAUUCCUGAGACAGAGCAGUCAUACUUUGCCACAGUGAAGCUGAUUUACACCAUCGGCUACAGCAUCUCUCUAGUGGUCCUGGUUGUUGCUGUGUUGAUGCUGCUGCUCUUCAGGAGGCUGCGUUGUGCCAGGAACUUCAUUCACAUCCAGCUCUUCAUCACAUUCAUCCUGAAAGCUGUGGCGGUGUUCAUAAAGGAUGCAACUCUGUUCUCGAGUGACGACACCAACCACUGCACCCUCUCCACAUUUGCCUGCAAGGCAUCUGUGGUCUUCUGUCACUACUGUGUAAUGUCCAAUUUUUUCUGGCUCCUGGUGGAGGCGCUCUACCUCAAUUCCCUGCUGCUCUCGUCCUUUUAUCACAGCCGUCGGUGCCUUUGGGGCUUCAGCCUGCUGGGAUGGGGUGUACCUGUGCUCUUCAUCAUCCUGUGGAUUGGAUCCAGGGUGUAUUUUGAGGACACAGAAUGUUGGGACAUCAACGAGGACUCUCCCUAUUGGUGGAUCAUCAAGGGACCUAUUGUUGUUUCCAUUACGGUCAAUUUCAUUCUCUUCAUGAACAUCAUCAGAAUCCUGAUACAGAAGCUCAACCCUCGGCUGAUCCACUUCAAUAACUCCUCUCAGUACAGACGCCUGACUAAGUCCACCCUCCUCCUCAUCCCUUUGUUUGGCACUCACUACAUGGUCUUCAAUUUUCUGCCUGACUACUUCAAUCUUAACUUGCGCCUCUGUAUUGAGCUUUGCAUGGGAUCCUUCCAGGGGCUUCUUGUGGCGAUUCUCUAUUGCUUCCUCAAUCAAGAGGUUCAAAAAGAGGUCCACAUGCAGUGGCUGAGGUGGCAGGAGCGGAGCUAUGGUGUGGUGUCACCUGCUGCUAAGUGCAGCCAGAUGGACACACCCUUCUAGUGGUGGCCCUCACCCUCUUCCUACAGGUCCUCUGCUAAAUGGACAUUCACUGAGGAUUACACGCCAUCGUCUCCAAGUAGCUGCACAGUGUGUCAAUACUGUCGGCCAUGUCUGUAAGUUUUUAUUCCAAAUUUAUUGUAAGACUUUUUACUGGUUGUGCUCCUUCAGCUAAAGUGGAGGACCUGGUGAACUUUAUGAUAGGGAAUGGUUCUGAAAUCUUGAGACAGUUAAAGACAAUUUCAUAUGCAUUUACCAUAAGAAACUGUGGCAAGAACUUUAGAAAGAUCAGGGUCAAGAUUUCCUUGGAGGCCUCAGUCAAAUUAAAGAAAACUAUUUUUUCUAAGAUGAGAGUUAAUUUCCAACAGUUUACGAACCAUCAAUCAGCAAGUAAACAGUUUCACCAGAUUAAGGCUUUAACCGACAAAUGAUUCAUCACUCAGCUGAGUCACAGUAAACAGGGGUUAUCAUAAGUCCCAUUUCCUCUAAGCAGUUCAAUUCAGUGCACUUUUUUCCCCCAUUUUUAUUAUGAAAAGUUGGUACCAGUGGAACCGUAACUUACUGUCCUUAUUUUUUGUCACCCCUCUGCUUGGGUUACCUAGCACACUGACCUGAUGAACAUAACAGUCAAUAGAGAACGAUCACUCGGUGCUCAGGGCUGAGUUUUUGCUGGUUUAACCUCUGUUCAUACCCUGACAAGCUUUUCCAUACAUUAGUAAACUGUAACAAUAAUCAGAAUCAGCACAUAUUAAACAGCGUAUAACAUAAUUUAUGUUAUAUUAUUUGCAUUAUCACAGAUUGAUUAUUAUAAGUUGUUCAGCACACAGGGGGGUGUGCUGUAAGUAUGCUUUGUUGUGGUUUUUGUACUUAUAUACAUUUUUAGUAUAAUAUUUAUUUAUUUAUUUAUUUACUUGCUCACUUACUGACUUAGUCCCAGGAAGGAUCAAAGUAAAAACUACAUACCUCAAAUGUAGCUUGAUGAAUGAAAUCUUAAAGUCUACUCAUGAUAAGCUGUUGCAUCAACUGGUUUAGUGUGUGUGUUUUUUUUUUUUUUCUGAAAAUCUGCACACUCUUGAACUUUGAUGGCACACUGUUGAGAGCCACUUCACUGUAUGCUUGCACUUGUGUGUUGUGUUUUGUCAUGUUAUGUGGUCUAUUCCACAAAUAUGAAAGAAAAUCUUCACUGCCGUAUACAAUUCAGCAAAGGACUAGAAAACACGAAGAGGAAAGUGCUCAUAUAAUUCUAAAUUAUUUUUCAUCAAUAUAUUUCACACUAUCUUGCAGUAAUCGAACUGCGUUGUUAAAA